AUGCGGACGGCGCUGCUCGUCGCGCUACUCUGCUCCGCAAGAGCGACAAAACCCGCCGCGCCCUUCGACGUCGCGGACGAGGCCGCCGCCGCCGCGGGCCUCGAGUGCCCGGGCGCCGACGUCGCCGACGUCGCCGCGCGCGUCGAAAAGCUCGGCGCGAACGCGUCGACCGCGGCCGUGGAGCGCGUCCUCGAGGCCGCGGUCGCCGCGAGCGCCCACGCGCGCGCGCACCGCCGCGUCGCGCUCGUCAAGACGCACAAGACGGCGUCGGGCACGCUCCAGGCCCUCGUCGCGCGCGUCGCGUUGCGCCUGGGCCUGCGGCCCGCGGCCGCCGCGUGGCCGGGCAAGUUCUGGCGGAAGGCCAUGUGCCCCGAGGCGCUCCGGAGGGCGCUCGGCGGCCGCCGCGCGGACGUCGCGCUCCGCCACGUCUUCCCCAUCAAGGACUGGUGGACGACGAAUCGGACGACGCGCGAGCCCGCGGGCCACCUCGCGUCGCUGCUCGCGUACUACAACCGCACGCGGCGCUGGUACGCGGGCGACCGCGACCGCUGGAACCCGCUCGCGAAGGACCUCCGGCUCCUCACAUCGGGCGACGUCGAGAGCUUCGUCGAGGCGCACCUCCGGGGCGCGCGCCUCGACGCCGCCGGCGUCCACGUCCUUUUGGUCGAGGACCUCCACGCGUCGCUCGCCGUCGCGCGGCGCCGGCUCCGCUGGUCGCUCCUCGACGCGCUCCCGGUGGCCGUCGGCGCGUCGAAGCGGCGGCGGAGCGGGCGGGGCGCGUCGAAGCGGCGGGGGAGCGGGCGGGGGUUGUCCGAGGCCGCGCUUCCGGCGCCGGCGGCCUCGCUCGCGCUCGACGGGGUGCUCUACCGGGGCGCCGUCGCCGCGCACGCGGCCGCCGUCGCGGCCGUCGACCGCAAGUGCGGCGGCGGCUUCCCCGUCGCCGCCGAGGCGCGGCUCCUCGCGGCGCUCGGCGCGGCCGUCGACCGCGCGUGCGGGGUCGACGGCGCGCCGCCGCUCCUCGCGCGGCUCUGCCGCUUCCGCAAGACCCAGGAACGCGCGGUCGUGCAGGCCGUCAUUCGCAUGAAGAACCGCGAGGCCUACCGGGCGGAGCAGUACCUGCCCAAGGUCAAGUGGGCGGCGUUCCAGGAGCAGCGGCGCCACGAGGACUUCGCGGCCAUCCGCUUCGAGCAGAAGCAGGCGUCCAUCCAGGUCAAGAAGGACCGGCCGGACCUCCGCAUCGUCGACUUCUGCCAGCGGCUGCGGCGCCACCUCGACAAGCGCGUGCGCGAGCUCGGCGGCACGGAGAGCUCCGUGCUGCGGACGGCGUUCCUCGACUGGGACGGCGACUGCUCCGGCGCGCUGAGCGUCCGCGAGUUCAAGCGGGCCGUCGAGAGCCUCGGCUUCGUCGUCGCCGACGACGAGGCGUCCUACGUCGUCGGCUACUACGGCGCCGAUUCCGGGGGCGAGAUGCGCUACGCGACCUUCGUCGAGGACGUGGCGCGCCUCGGCAGGCACUUCAUGGAGCACAGCGACGUCGGCGCGGCGACGGCGCGGUCCGGCGCCGGGGACCGGUCCGGCCACCCGGCGAUCGUGCGCCGCUUCAUCAAGAAGCUGCGGGCCAAGCUCCUCACGUCCAUCAAGAAGAACGGCGAGUACGAGCGGAUCCUCAUCCGCCGGGCCUUCCUCAACUGGGACGCGGACGCGUCGGGCCAGCUCGACGCGCGGGAGCUCGUCGGCGCGCUGGCCCAAUUGGGCGUCACGCUCAGCGAGUCCGAGGCGUCCCAGAUCGUCGCGGCCUACGACGCGUCGAACCAGGGCGCCAUGCGCUACCAGGCGCUCGUCGAGGACGUCUGCGAGGGCGUGCCCCACUUCAUCGAGUCCGCGGAGGACCCCGACGUCGAGACGCGCGCGAACCUCAAGUCGACGACGGCGCCGACGCCCGAGGAGGAGCACGAGGACGAGCUCUUGUUGGAGUCGCUCUUCACGUGCCGGCCCUACGAGAAGACGCAGAACGCGCUCGCCGAGGAGUUCAAGGUGAAGCUCCGCUACGCCGUCGAGGCGCGGAUCCUGAGCCAGGGCGGCACGGUCCAGUCCAUCCUCCGCGAGGCCUUCCUCUUCUGGGACUCGGACGCGUCCGGCGAGCUCAACGUGCGCGAGUUCAUGGGCGCCAUGAACCGCGUGGGCAUGGACAUGAGCGAGAUGCACGCGCGGCAGAUCGUCCGCUACUACGACCGCAAGGGCAACCGCGGCCGCUUCGGCGACGGCGAGAUCCACUACAUGGACCUCGUCGACGAGAUCGCCAAGGCCGUGCCCCACUUCAUCUCCCACCCCGUGCCCAAGCGGGCCGCGGGCCCGCCGCCGAGCGCCCGGGCCGACGGCGACGUCGCCGUCGCGCUGCCGCCGUCCAUCGCGGAGUCGAAGGACCGCCUGAGGGCCGCCGUGCUCCGCGCCGCGCCCAAGACGCGCGCCGCCAAGGGCGGCCAGCCCAUCCCGCCCCGGGACCUGCUCCACGGCACGCUGCUGCGCAUCGACAAGGCGGGCUCCGGCGCGGCGACGGCCAAGGACCUGGCGAGGCUCGCGCGCGAGCUCCGCGCGCCUCUCAACGACCGGGAGCUCCAGGCUGUGCCGAAACCAACCACUGGUUUGGGUGGUCCUGACCAAACUUGA